CAAAGCUUGCAAACUCGUUUUGUCAUAAAUCUCUUUGUAAAUAACAUCCAAACUCUAAUCUGUCUACGGGGYAAGCUAUGAGCCUGACUAGCAACRGGGAAUUAGUUUACAAUGAAAGAAUUCGCAAGGCAAGUCAGGGWUACGUUASUGAACUCAGUGAACGAUUCCUUCACAGCUCCACGACAUCUUCACCAGAAGAACUUAGAGUUGAGGUCACAAAGAUGUCGGCCAARAAAGCWGAGGAAUUAUUUUCUACUGAGGAGGAACGUAAARUGUGGAUUGAGUCAAUACGAUCAUCAGUUGAACAGAGUUUGCAGAAUCAAGUCAGRGCCGUUCUUGGCACCCCACCAGAAGUCAAGAAGAAACGRCUGCACGAAAAGAAAACACAAGAAGAUGCAAAUAAAAUKAACACUAGAACUUCAAAACAAAACACAGUGAACUCUAAAGAACGUAAUUAUAUAUUCCUUAAAGAUUCUGAUCAUCGGUUUAAGUUUGAUAAAGAUAAACAGCUAAAUGACUUCACAUACGARCCMRGCUCACCAUCAGGAGCACAAAAGACGACUUCGUUUGUUGAUCCGUUAUCAGAUGACUUUAACAAGAUAUUCAGUCCUUACACAAGAGCGGCAUUAGAGAACAUUAGUGUUGGAUCAUCAAGUAAUCAUAUUCCUCGCAAACCUCUUCAAAAGCCUUACCAAAGGGCUCCCGGAACUGUUUGGACAGACUGUCAAGGCACAGAGCACGAACUCGCAGGACCAUUUUGGCCUAAAGAUCAUCUUCCACUGUAUUCAAACCARAAACACAUACAAUAUGUCCCCAAAUCACCUGAACCACUUCACUCUACAGGUACUCAAACAGUCGUCAAGGACGAUGACUUGGUUCUCUUUCCAAGACCAUGGAAGGGAACAUCUAUUGUGUAUGAUAGAAAUAAUGUUAAGCUUUGCCCCACUGCACCAACAGGAUGCAUUCCUCAUCUAAAGUUUGAGUCUCGGUUUGAAUGUGGAAAUCUCCAGCAGGCCAAGCGAGUUGGAAAGUGUGAAUAUGACUUGAUACAAACAACUGACUUGUACACUAAAAGACAUACGCAAUGGUACUACUUCCGAGUUGAGAAUAUGAYCCCUGGUAUGACRUACAAGUUCAACAUUGUAAACCUCUUGAAGCGAGACAGUUUAUACAACUAUGGGAUGAAGCCAUUACUAUACUCCCAAAAACUAGCAGAUGAUGAGAAAGUUGGUUGGAGGCGAACAGGACAUAGUAUUAGCUAUACAAGGAAUACAUCACCAAAAAUAAACCCUUUGUUGGCCAAAGAACUUGUCUACUAUGUGCUUAGUUUCCAGAUGGAGUUCCCAUGUAGUGAAGAUGUUUGUUACUUGGCUCACUGCUACCCAUACUCCUACUCGGACCUUGAGAUGUACCUGAAAACACUGGUUGACAGUCCAGCCACGUCACAUCAUGUGAGGAAAGAGGUUCUUUGCAAGACACGAGCUGGAAACAACUGUCACGUUCUAACAAUUACGUCAUCAAAAGUUCCAGACAAUAAGAAACUGGGCGUGGUCAUUAGUGCACGUGUUCAUCCAGGCGAGACUAAUGCUAGUUGGAUGAUGAAAGGUGUYUUGGACUACUUGACGUGUAACGACCCAGUUGCAGAGAGUCUUCGCCAAAAGUUUGUUUUCAAGAUUGUACCGAUGUUGAACCCCGACGGAGUAAUCGUCGGUAACUACCGUACAAACCUCGCUGCUAAGGACCUCAACAGGACUUACAAGGAACCGCACAAGGAUAGUUUYCCUACCGUUUGGCAUACAAAAUCCAUGCUUGAAUCAUUCAAGGAAAAUCACCAGGUCAUUAUAUACUGCGAUCUYCACGGCCACAGUCGAAAGCCGAACGUAUUUAUGUAUGGAUGCACCGCUGAUCCAAGUAUGGGCUCAGUUUCGAACUUUCUGGAAGAAAGACUAUUUCCAUGGAUGAUGUCACAGAAGGCCCCAGACAAGUUCUCGUUUCAAGGCUGUAAGUUYAUUGUUCGUAAGUGUAAAGAGUCCACGGCUCGUGUUGUGAUGUGGAGACAGCUUGGUAUAAUGAACAGCUUCACUAUGGAGGCAACGUUUUGUGGAGCGAACUUUGGAGACAURGAGAGGGGGAGACACUUCAAUACGCAUGACUUUGAAGACAUGGGACGACAUUUCUGCGAAGUAUUGAUGGAGUACUCGGAGGCAAAAAGCGCCAACAGGAACGAAAUGACUCAAGCAUUUGUCGAGUUGGCAUGCAAAAUGACUCGUGACAUCCUACGUCAAAGUCUAGGCAACUUWAAAAUGCUUUCAGAAAGCGGCAUUUCAAACAAGCAACUUACGAGCAAACCUUACGAAAACGCRWCGAAAACAACUGGAAACGAKACGGAGAGGGUGCAAUUCAUUAGCUCUGAUAGAAGGGGAAUGAAGAUUACACCAGCCGUGAAGGAUGUGAACUUUGUUGAUGUGAAUGUACAGCGUUCUUUGAGUAGUAAAAACAACGAGUCGAGUAACAGUGACUACGAGGUUGCGGUUAAGAGUAUUCACGUUGACUCGUUUAAUGACUGUAUCAAAAUCCUUGAAGGACUUGGCUUGACAAACUGUUACGAGGAGUCAGAUUCUAGUGAUUCUGACAGCGAUCCAGAAGAAGUUGGAGGGGUUUCCAAGAAGAACUCAAGCGAAACGAAAAAAAGGAAGAAAAAGAAGAGAAGGAAACAGAAUUGGUGGGAAACUUUAUCGAAAACUACACCUGACUUGAACAAAGACAAGAACGUGGAAGAAGAGCAGGCAAAACCAGAGGAGCGUAAAGUCAAGACAAGCUUUGGUAAAUUUGUCAAUCCAUACACUAACCGAUUCAAUAACGGGAUCCCUACGUAUUCCCAGGAAAGGAUUCAAGAACGAGCUCGAAGGAAAGAGAUGGAGAAAGAAGAGAAAGAGAAGAACAAUGACAAUCAGCAAGCGAAUGGAGGAGAAACGUCUUGUGGUACAGACUCAGUUAUCGCGUUUACAGACAACACAGA